CGUUUUGUUUGUGUGUGUGUUGAUGUCAUCGGCUGUGAGGAUGACAGGCAGGUCACAGUUGCCGCACUGCCCCGCCACCUCAAUCACCUCGGCCAUCUCGCCCCAUGGCCCCUCCUCCACCACACACGCAGCCGCCAGCAGAUCAUGUGUGCCGAACUGGUCGUCGUCGAACCGCAGCAGCUGCACUUGCUGCCGAUUCACCGCCCGCCGCAGCCCCGCCUGUGAGCCCAGCGAGUGGCGGAGCCGAUCUCUCAGCUGGGCCGCUCCGUGGAGCUCGCUGAUCCACGUGCAGGUGGCCCUCAGCCGCAGGAUGUCCUUGAUGCUGCUGAAGAGGUAGAAGGUGCGGCGGCCGACAAAGAUAUACGAGAAGGGGUGCUGCUGCUGAUGCUGCUGCUGCUGCUGCUGAUGCUGCUGCUGCUGCUGCUGCUGCUCUGGUUGCUGCAUCUGGGUAGCUAUGAUGUGCUCGACGACAGCCUGCAGAGAGCGACAGAGCCGACAGAGGACCGUGUGCAUCAAGCAUCCUGCUCAUUCAUCUGUGCGGCUCACCUCGUUCGAUGAUCAGAAUGACAGAUCACCAUGCAAAGAAGUGACUACCGCACCACCACCACUGGCAGAUGAGGAGGCCGCCAUCACUCCUCAACGCCACGCCUGCAGCGAUGGGCAAUGGCGAUGGACCGACAGACACAGAAAGAAAGAGAGAGAUGCCAACAGACAAGGACGGCGAACGAAUUGAGGCCAAUGGAUCAGUGAGCGCCUCAGUGAGUCAGUCAGUGAGUGGUCGGCCUCCCUCACCUCUGUUUGGCUGUCAGCUCAAUGGCCCGCCAUCUCACCGCAGCAGUCGACAGGGAUGACUGACUAGAGUGAUUCCUCUCGCCCUCUUGUCGGCCGAGUGCGUCACUCUCGCAAACGCACAGCUAUCUGUUACGGACCAACCGAAUAAGCUAAGCUGUGGUUGUCCAUCUGCGGGUCGUAUUCACCAUUCCUCAACACUAUCCGACAAGGAAC